AGGAAGAGCUUUCUGUUUGCUGACGUUGUUGGUGCGACGAUGGCUUCCACAGAUCAGCCUGUGCUGGAGCUAACAGAUAAGGAAACCCGUGAAAAGCUGUCGCUGUGGGAUCGUCGAGGUGAAGCCACCGCGCCUCUGACGGAGAAACAGACCGACUCCGUGUUGGAGAUCCGAGCGGCAGCUGAGAGUGUGUCCGUGCCCGCCGAGUUGCCCAUUGAGGACUUGUGCAGCCUUUCAUCACGUUCCUUGCAGUCUCCAUUCACAACAACUGUACCUGCCUCAGUGGAGGACAUCCUGCUCAAGGGUUUCCAGAUGCUUGAUAUGGAGAAUGACAGGAUAGAAACUGCACAACAGUUUUUUGCCUGGUUUGCCAAGUUACAGACAAACAUGGACCAGGAGGAGUCUGCAAACUACAGAAAAACCAGAGAACAUCUAAAUUGCUACCAGGAGCAAUGUGAUGCUAUUUUGAACGAUGUCAAUGCAGCUCUCAAGCACUUAAACUCUCUUCAGAAACAAUACUUGUUUGUGUCCAAUAAGACGGGCACUUUGCAUGAAGCCUGUGAACAACUGCUAAAAGAACAGUCAGAGCUUGUUGAUCUGGCAGAAAGCAUACAACAGAAGCUGUCAUAUUUUAACGAGUUGGAGAACAUAAAUACGAAACUGAACUCACCAACCUUAUCUGUAAAUAGUGAAGGCUUUAUACCAAUGCUGUCAAAAUUGGAUGAUUGCGUUGAAUAUGUUUCUUCAUAUCCUAAUUUCAAAGACUAUCCAGUUUAUCAGGCCAAGUUUAAGCAGUGUCUUUCUAAAGCUAUGCACUUCAUGAAGAUCCAUAUUGUAAAAACUAUGCAGAAUCUCACAAGCCAGUUAACCAAAAGGGAUGCGCUGGGCUUGGCCUUGGCAGACAAUGCCUUCACGCUUUACUAUGUUAAGUUUAGAGCAGCUGCACCAAAAGUUAGAUCGCUAAUUGAACAGAUAGAACAACGGACACAGAAGAUUCCAGAAUACCAGCAGCUCUUAGAAGAAGUCCAUCAGUGCUACCUGGAUCAGAGGGAGCAGCUCCUUAGCCCCAGCAUCACCUCCACCAUCACUGAUCUGACCAACCAAAACAUCAAAGACCACUGUGCUCUGGUUCGCAGUGGCUGUGCGUUCAUGGUACAUGUCUGCCAAGAUGAACACCAGCUCUACAACGAAUUCUUCUCCAAACCAACGCCCAAGCUAGAUCUGUUGCUAGAGAAGUUGUGUUUGUCCCUGUAUGAUGUUCUUCGGCCUCUAAUCAUCCACAUUAUUCAUCUGGAAACGCUGUCCGAGCUCUGUGGCAUCCUCAAGAAUGAGAUGUUGGAAGACCAUGUUCAUAAUAAUGCUGCUCAGUUGGGAGCGUUUGAUGCAGUAGUGAAGCAGAUGCUGGAGGAUGUUCAGGAGAGGCUGGUCUACAGGACUCACAUUUACAUAAAGACUGAUAUCAUGGGCUACAACCCAGCUCCAGGUGACCUGGCCUACCCCGACAAACUGGAAAUGAUGGAGAGGAUUGCUCAUAGCUUGAAGGAGGAACAGAUGAAGCAUAUGUCACAGGAGUUUUCUGAUGUGCAGCUUGAGGAUUCUGAAGGGAGAAGAAACAGCAACAUCGGGAACAUGGAAGCUUCACGCCUGCAGACCACCAUCUCGCCUGCUGAUCUACAUGGCAUGUGGUACCCGACUGUCAGGCGAACUCUAGUUUGUUUGUCCAAGCUCUACCGAUGUAUAGAUAGAGCAGUCUUCCAAGGUUUAUCCCAAGAAGCCUUAUCUGCCUGCAUGCAGUCCCUGCUUAAAGCUUCUGAUAUCAUCCUUAAAAACAAGACACAAAUAGAUGGGCAGCUUUUCCUGAUCAAGCACCUGCUGAUAAUGCGCGAACAGAUUGCUCCAUUUCAUACCGACUUUGCCAUCAAGGAAAUCUCACUGGACCUGAAGAAAACUCGAGAUGCUGCCUUCAAAAUCCUGAAUCCGAAGGCUGUCCCCAAAUUCUUCCGACUUAACAGCCACAAUGCCAUACUUGAAUUCCUGCUGGAGGGAACGCCGGAGAUCAAGGAGCACUACAUUGACUCUAAGAAGGAUGUGGACCGACACCUGAAGUUCAGCUGUGAGCAGUUCAUCCAGCAGCAGACUCAGAUCUUUGUGGGGAGCCUUGAGGAGUUUCUCACCAAGGUAACUGCUCUUAAAACAAUGCCUGUCCAAGGUGGCCCCACAUACAGUCUGUCUCAGCAACCUUGGACUCAGCCAGCGAAGAUCAACGAUAUAGUGAUGGCUGCCUACCGGGUGAUGAAGAGCAAGCUGCCAAGCACUUUACAGAGCAUGUCCUUGUACUUGGCCAAUAAAGACACAGAAUUCAUUCUUUUCAAACCUGUCCGGAAUAACAUACAGCAGGUUUUUCAAAGACUACAUGCCUUACUUCAGGAGGAGUACAGCGGAGAAGACCUUCAAAUCAUCGCAUGUCCAUCUAUGGAGCAGGUCAACUUACUGCUGUCUGCGAAUAAGUAAUAUUCAAAGGUGACACAAGAGGAGCAACCAAGGCCCUUAGGAGAGCAAACGUGAUGCUUCAACUCCAUCUGAAGUCGAGCAAGCAAGAUGACCAGAGAAAUGAACCGGCAGGCAAAAACAAAAAAAAUUCCCAAAAUCCUAACACAAGUCCCCAUGGUCCCUUAGAGAUACUCAAAUCACUGAGUCAGUCAGUACCCAGUUUGAUCAAUUUGUUUGCCUAAAAUUGAAGGCGGCAUUUUGGUUGGGCUUGUUUUCAUGUGGGAGAAAUCAAUUUGAGCACCGGUGGAAUUUGGACCACAGUUUAAUGUGGAACGCAACAGUAGUGUGAAUGAAAAAGGUUUUGUGCGCCACGGGAGAAUCACGUGGGAGUGUUUAGACGAGGACACUCUGAGCUAUCAAAUCAAGGCACUAAAGGCUCGUUCAUCAGCCAGCUAACUAAUGGCCAGUAAGGGGGCCGCGCACAGACGCUAAGAGCUUCUACGUUAGUGGGAUAUUAAUAGAAAAUGCUGCACACUAUUUUAUUUUACUUUUAAGACUUUGAAGAAUUCUCUAGGACUCGAUGGUGGAUCUAUGUUCUAAGACUCUGAGGUCCAACAGGGUUUUUAUCAUAAAAUCCACGUGGUUGUUCUGUGCUUGGUCAGGUUUCCUUUUCUUUUUUCUUCUUUUUGGGUGAAUGUGUUUAAACUGUUGCAAAUAUGUACAAAAUAGGCAGAUAUCUUAUGUUUUAUACCUUUUUUUUUUUCCUUUUAUACUUGCAUUGAUUUAAAAUGAAUCGUACUUUUACACUAGAAAACAGGUCGCACUUUGACCUCAGCAGUUUUGCACUGUACUCGCGAUAAUCAUCAUUGUCGGUCUUGCCGAGUAACAGAGGUAACAGAUAUGUUUGCUUUGUCUUCCGUGUAAAAAAA